AUGGCAACUCGUGGGAGACCAACAAAAUGGUCGGGAGCUCCAGCCCGUUAUAAGGAUCUUGGAAAGUUGAAGUUGAACACCAUUAUAUCUGGUCAUCUUACCCAAGAGCAAAUCGAUGCGUAUCAACAAUACUUCAGAAUAGAAGAGAUUUCAAACCUACUCCGUCAGGCUCAGGAGCAAAGGAAACCCUUAGUUCUGUUAUUACCAUCAGGUUAUGUAGAUGAAGCUAAUUACAAGAGAGACCCCUCCCCACCUCCGACAUACGAUAGCAAUGGUCAAAGAACAAAUACACGAGAAAAUAGGACUCGAGCUUCGUUAGAGAAUGAAAGGCAUUACUUAAUCGAUGAGUCUUUGAAGCUGGUUAAGAAUUACAUGCCACCUGUAGAAUAUAGAAAACCCGCCAAAACAACUGAAAAAAUAUACAUACCGGUAAAAGAUUACCCUGAGAUUAAUUUUGUGGGGAUGUUGCUUGGACCAAGAGGGAAGACGUUGAGAGAUUUACAAGAAAGUAGUGGUGCCAAAUUAGCUAUUAGAGGAAAAGGUAGUGUUAAAGAUGGUAGAUCGGAUAGGGACACACAUAACAAUAGUGAUACUAGUUCAGCGAUAAUAUCUUCAGCCUCCUACUCAAAUCCGAGUCUUACAGCUUCUGGUGAAGACGACUUGCACGUACUUAUAACAUCGGAUUCACAAGAAAGCAUUGCCAAGGCAAUCAAAUUAACCAAUGAAGUUAUAGAAAAGGCAAUUUCAUCGCCAGUGGGCCAAAAUGACUUAAAAAGGGGUCAACUUCGUGAAUUGGCUAUUUUAAACGGUACCUUGAGAGAAACAAAGCCUUAUGAGCCGCAACAGCAAAGAAGAGGAAUACCAGCUGGUGGAUUGGACGUCUCAGCGAUUGUGUGUAACAUAUGUGGGAAAGUUGGUCAUUUUGCUAGAGAUUGUUUAAUGAGGAAGGAAAGAGACGAACUGGAAGACUCAUCUGGGAUUUGGAAGAAGAAUAAACCCAACUUACCAAAUUUACCAAAUUUACCUGCAGCUCCUUGGAAUGUUAUUAGUAACAACGUACCAAAUGCACCUCCCUAUACUACUGCACUGGGUUUACCUGUUCAAGAUCCUUCUGAAAUCUCAAAGCAGGAGGCAAUUAUGCCAAAGGUGCCCUCAUUUGUGUCUAACAUGACAGGUAUACCUUUGGUUGCGCCUCCUCCAACCAUUGGAAAAGCGCCAGACGGUUUAUUGCCUUCAAUGCCACCGUCUAGCAUUGUAGCUAAACCUCCACCUCCACCAUUGUCAGCAGCAGUGGCACCUCCACCACCACCUUCUGGGCUUGUGCCUCCACCUCCACCACCUUCUGGACCUACAGUUCCCCCACCUCCGCCUUCCGGAAUUACUCGCCCACUCCCACCAUCUGGAUUGCCGCCUCCUCCACCCACUUCAAAGUUACCACCUCCUCCGCCCCUGACAGUGCUGAAACCACCGCCACCCCCUAAAUGA